UGGGGCUUCGGUUCUGCGAGUCCUCUCGAGGCAGCUCUUCACCUUGACUAAUUGUGUCGGGUUUGUAGUUCUCCGAGGAAAUAGUGCCGUAUGCAGUUAUGUAAGCACUGACAGCGAUGAAAAGGGCCGGAGACGUCUGCCGUCUGCACAGGCAAACUAGCCUUUGUAGGGGUUUACAGUCUAGUUUCUGAUGUGGCGACAAGCAACACUCGCGUGGUAAGGGAGUCGAGGAGGGAAUUGGUACAUUUAGCAGAGGAAAACGGACAUCGUUUCUUUUGUGAAAACGGAAACGCAAACGUGAGAGGCAACACCUCGCAGUCUGCCUCAAAUGCAGAAACAAGGAUUUGCGAGUGGAAGCGCAAGAGUCUUCGCAACACUGAAGCGUAUCUGCACAGCAGACUGUGAUGUGGUGAUGCGUACAAUAGAGGCUGAAUUGGAGAACUCGCGGCCUUUCUGGCACGAUAAGUGAGGUCUGACCCGCCCUUUACGUUUUUGUACCUUUGCUGAGAAUCGUCCCGCUCUUGCGCGUUUUUAAGACGCACAUGUUGUCACUCUGUCGCCGUUUCUCGAACUGAAGAAAUGGCAUAAAGGCAUUCUCAAACGUUUCACCGUUACAGGAAAUUGCCGGCAAACGCCCUUGUAUAGCGCAAAUGAGGCAAGGCAUCGCAAGAGUUCAGGGCCUCGAUCCAGUGUUCGUUUCGAUGUUCCAAGUGCGCGUGGUUUGCAACUCUAACGUCGUUUCCACACUUGUGUUCGCAUUAAAAACGCUGUCGCGACGAGGUAGUUAGCCUAUCCCGGACUCGAAAGGACUGCGUUUUUGCAGGCUCAACGAUCGAGAAGCCAGCGAACCGUCAGCAAUUCGGGACGAAGCUCUAACUUGGUAACCAAACAGUCGUUGUCAUGGCACCCCGACGAGCAAGCUCGUAGCUGCUGCUUGGCUGCUGCCAGAGCCUGGUGGAGCAUCGACCCCGUCGAUAAAAAUCGGAGUUGAGCACAACAAGCAGCUGUCAGAAGUGUUGUUCUUUAGCUGCCCGUAAAUGCAGAGCUCUGACUGUUUGUCGAGAGCCUCUUGAUUCUUCCACGUAGCAGACGAGUAUGUUUGCUGCAGUCGCACGGCGAACAGCCACAGGCACGCUUCCAGGCGCUGUAACUCUUUUCGGGCGCAAAUCUUUUGAAGGCUACUACCGGGACUAUCCGCUUCAUCCCAGGAACUUCGGCGUCAUGGCUUCCCUUUUCAGCACAGGGAAAUUCGAACUCCCUGCUCUGCCCUACGACUACAAUGCGCUUGAGCCAUACAUCAGCGCAAAAACGCUCAAGUUCCACCAUGACAAGCACCACGCGACUUACGUGAAAAAUCUAAACGAGUUAAUCAAGGGGACCGACUACGAGAACCAGAAGCUUGAGGACAUCAUCAGGAACGCUGACGGGCCCACUUUCAACAACGCUGCCCAAGCCUGGAACCACACGUUCUUCUGGAACUCGAUGAAGCCGAAUGGAGGCGGCGAACCCACGGGGCUCGUGAAGGAACAAAUUGACCGGUGUUUUUCUUCCUUCUCCAAAUACAAGGAAGAGUUCAGCGAAAAGGCGACGAAGCACUUCGGUUCCGGCUGGGCCUGGCUAGUCUGGUGCAACGAAAAGAGGCGUCUAGAGGUCAUCGAAACCCACGACGCGGGGAAUCCCAUCACCAUGAAGAAAUGGCCAAUCAUCACCUGCGAUCUCUGGGAACACGGAUACUACCUCGACAGGCAAAAUGACCGAGGUGCCUACGUCAAGUCUUGGUGGAGUGUGGUGAACUGGGACUUUGCCAACGAGAAGCUUGAGAAGGCCAUGCGCGGGGACCCCAUCGAUGAGACAGUCGGUGGAGGCCAGUGAAUGUCUUCGAGAAUGAGAGGGGGGAAUGCGAUUUACAACGCGAAGCUAUAGAAACUCGUCACGAGAGCAAGAAACAUCGUGCCCGCAUUCUUACGCACAAACGCCCGCCGCCGUUCCUGCGGCUUGCUUUGCUUGGGUAAAGAACUGGCACCAGCUAUCAAACAUGUGUUUGCUCUGUGUCGACGCCCUUGAAAGGCAGCUCGCGUUUUUGUGAAACCGGUCGCUGCGGACGGCUUCUGAGCUUUCAGUGUCGGUUGUGCUCGGUACUCGUACGCGUGCUGAGACAGCAAACUCGUCUUUCCUGCUUUCCUUCUAGCGAUUUCCACGCACACCAGAGUCUUAUGCGACGCUGGCAACACUUACUUUUCUGAAAUGUAUCGCACGCAAAAUCGCUCUCCAAGAGACGUACCGUGCCCGCCAUGCACAGACAAACCCGCUGUCGAAAGAACUGUCAGAACGUCAAGCGACACCCUCGGCCGAGACGGGUCGUUCGCGAGUCCACGCGAAAGCUUGCCCUACCUCAUCUUUUAUCAUCGCACUCUGAAGGAUAUUUAAGCGCUACAGUGAUCGCUGCAACCGGGACGUACGAAGGUUUUUGCAACUGAGCAGCCGAAACAGCAAUAUGAAUUCAGAUUCAGAAUGUGAAUCACCUCAGGACAACCAGCUCUUUUCG